CUUCUGCCUUCCCCCACCACAGCACCGUCGAGCAAGGCCAGCCACACUGACCUACCGAGUAACCUGUCAACACGGCACCAAACCACCGCGGGUUCAUGUGUUGCCCCCCCCCCCCCCCCCCCACGCUCCCACCGGGCCUAACAUGGCGAGUGGAUACCGUCGGGAGUGACUGAUUUUCACACGCCGGAGAGACGAGUGUGCCCUAACGCGGGUGGAGAAAACGUCGCCUCGGCGAAGAGGUGACGAGCUUUCGGCGAAGUUUGCGUGGCAAGCGGCACAAAAAUGUUGGCUACCUCUGGGACUUACGCCAACAAGAAGAGGAAGAAACCCGUCCUCAAACAAAAAAAGGUUAAGAACGGGAAUGAAGUCAUCAAAUCCAACCCGUCCAAGCGCCACCGGGACAGGCUGAACGGGGAGCUGGACAGGCUGACCGACCUGCUGCCUUUUUCUGAAGAUGUUCGCUCCUGUCUGGACAAACUGUCCGUUCUUCGCCUCAGCGUGGGAUACCUGCGAGUCAAGAGCUAUUUCAAAGCGACAAUAAAGAAGAGCACCAGCAGUGGAUUUCCUGGAGCAAACGGGCCAAAUGGCAACAACUUGGCGACCAAAGGCUUCUCUGAAGGAGACCUGCUGCUUCAGGCGCUGAAUGGCUUUGUGCUGGUGGUCACAUCCGAGGGGUCCGUGUUCUACACGUCGCCCACCAUCAAGGAGUACCUGGGCUUCCAGCAGUCCGACGUGGUCCACCAGAGCGUGUUCGAGCUCAUCCACACAGACGACCGCGCUACAUUCAGGCAGAACCUCCACUUUGCUCUAAACCCACCUGACACAUGUGGAGAAGGCCUGGAGGGAUGCAUGAGCACAGAGUUCUACAACCCUGAUCAACUUCCUCCAGAGAACUCGUCUUUCCUAGAGAGAAGUUUUGUGUGUCGCUUCCGUUGCCUCCUGGACAACUCGUCUGGCUUUUUAGCUCUCAAGUUCCAGGGACGACUCAAGUACCUGCAUGGCCAAAGCGUCGUCAGGGACAACGGGUCCCACGGCAAAUCGCAGCUCGCACUCUUCGCCAUCGCCACGCCCGUGCAGUCACCGUCCAUUGUGGAGAUCCGCUCCAAAAUGUUGCUCUUUCAGACAAAGCACAAGUUGGACUUCACACCUCUUGGUGUCGACAACAGGGGGAAGAUUAUUUUGGGCUACUCGGAGACAGAGCUGUGCAUGAAAGGCUCCGGCUACCAGUUCAUCCACGCCGCUGACAUGAUGUAUUGUGCAGACAAUCAUUUGCGCAUGAUAAAAACUGGAGACAGCGGCCUGACGACUUUCCGUCUCCUGAGUAAGUCAGGAAGCUGGGUUUGGGUCAAAGCCAACGCCAAGCUGAUCUACAAAGGAGGAAGACCUGACUUCAUCAUCGCCUAUCAGCGAGCUUUAGUAAACGCUGAGGGUGAGGAGUACCUCCGCCAAAGGAGGAUGCAGCUGCCCUUCAGCUUCACCACGGGUGAGGCGGUGCUUUACAACGCUGCCACAACCAUGGACCUCACACAGACGCAGUUCAACAAAAAGUUCAACAAUAACGAUGACAUGGACACCAGCAAGGGCACACAUUUGCCCCGCUCGCUACUGGACUGCUUCCUUAGGCAGGACGAAUCUGCCUACAGGCUGACGCCUGAGGUGCCCUUUCCCGUGGAUCAGAUCUUUGUGGACAGUCGAGCGCUGGUGAGCGUGCCUAGUGACGCUUGGCAGGAAACAGGCGUGGCAGCCACUUCCAGCGCCCCCAGCGUGGUGAAGGAGGAGGCCAAGCAGUCGGUGAUGGCCGUGAUCGACGGCCUACAGGAGAUGGCGCAGAAGGGUGACUUCUGCGGCGCCCUGGAGGACCUGGGGGUGGACGAUUCUGAGCUGAUGCAGUGGGAGGAGUCUAUCAAGCGAUUGGGUCAGGAUGGCGACCAGCAGGACAGCGUGCGGUCUGAGCUGGACAAUGUCCUCAUUGGCGAGAUAUUCGACCACAUUGAUUCGGUUUUGUUCAAGGAGAAUGGUGAAGAGUGCCCUGCCACCUGCCUGAAACAGGACACCUUCAUGCAGGCAUCGCAGCAGUUCCCGACACCGUCCCAGGGUGGGAUUUUCCCUCAAACAAACAGCUUCUACGCUCCGGAGAAAGGGCUCCGACAUGUAAACUCCGGGCAAAUCUUAGUGGGAUCUGCUCCAGCAUUCAAUAGCGCCCAGAAACCUUCCCACUGUGGAUCCCUGCCGGGUCCCACGAAUGGGAACGAAGCUCCUAUUCAGCAGCUACAACUUCAGGACAUUUUCAGCCCAGAAAUAGAACUCCCAGAACUUAUUGUGCCUGAUUCUUCCACUGCUCCGGUCCACUUUGCAGGCUUUGGACAGCAGCAACAGCAGUCGAUUCAAUGUCAUCAGAAUAACAUCUACUCUGUGACCCCACCCACGAUUCCUUGCAAUAACUUUAACACCCCCAAUGAUUUCAUCCCUGAGCCUCCAACUUGUCCUCCUCCGUGGUCGCAGGGCCAGUACAAGCUGCCCCAUGCAGCCGUCACGCAAAGCGGUCCGGUUCUGGAAACCCAAACAUUCCCACGUGCUGGCCCCUGGCCAAGGGGGGUUGUCAACGGGCUAGACCACACACAGCAAGGCGGGCUGGCGUGCGUCCAGGCAGCCAAUCACAGCAGCUGCAUGUACGUGCAGCCCCUGACACUCUCGCAGUCGUCCCACCAGAGGGGAAUGUGCCUGGACCAGAGUUCCCCGCAGGGUAACUGCCACAUCCAACGGGGUGGCAGUCAUCCUGUGGUGGGUUCGUCAGCCAUCAGCCAGGAGAACGCCAACAUCAGUCCGAUGACGACGCCGUCCAACAUGUCAACGUCGCACCUUCAAUGCUACCAGGAAUGAUAUGGGCAGAUGGAGCAGUCGCCACUCGUCGGCGAUGCGCCUGCUGGUGAUGUUGCCACGGCAACGGACGAGCAGCACCCCCCUCCCCCCCAUGCAGUAUCAGCGCUUAUUCGCCGACCCUUACACUUACUUUCAUAUAUAUCCUCUCUUGUAUCUGUCUCAUAUUUACUCACUUGAAACUUCUGUAUAAUAGGAAUGAAGUAUGAAGACGUGAACGGAGACAGCCAAAGAUUUCAGUUUUUACAAGGGAAAACCAACAUUUAUUGCAAUCGUGUUCUAUUACAAAGACACAAAAAUACAUAUAUAACUUGUUGUUAAAGCAAUCACCCUAAACAUGCUUAGCUAUGUAUUCGGGGUGGGCCUAAAAAUUUCCAUACAUAGGAAAAAUAAAUUCGUGAAACGCAUCAUUUUAAGUUACCUGAAGCAUACAAUUAAAACAAACAUGUUAAAAGCCGUGUCCAUCCAAUCAUCCAUUUUCUAGAGCUUGUCCACAUUUGGGUAUCCGGUGAGCUGGAGUGUAUGCCAUCUGACUUUGGGUAGGAGGCGGGUUACACCCUGGGGUUGCCAGCUAAUCAAGGGCACAGUCACGCCUAUGGACAAUUUAGUCUUCAGUGAACCUAACUUGCAUGUUUUUGGAAUGUGCUAGGAAACCUGACCCCUUAGUAGACCCACGCAAGCACUGGGAAAACAUGCAAACUCCACACGGGAAGGCCUAAGCUGAGAUUCAGACCCGUCACCUCUCGACUGUGAGGCAGACAUACUAACCACUAGGUCAGCGAGCUGCCCAAAAAGCAUGUAUAGUUUGAUGUUUAAAAAGUUUUUUGUAUUUCCAGAUAACAUACAAAGAUGUUUUUGCCAAUCUUAUUUGUCCUAUGUAUGCAGAGCGGCCAGCCCUGUACGGUCCACAUCCUCUAGGGCAGUGGUUCUUAACCUUGUUGGAGGUACGGAACCCCGCCAGUUUCAGCUGGAGUUCACGGAACCCUUCCUCAUUUGAAAAAUAAUAAAUAGAAAUAAAUAAUAAGAAGAAUAAUAUAUAAUAAUAUAAUAUAUAAUACUAAUAAUAAUAUAUAAAUAAAUAUUUAUUUAAAACUCAAAACAGGUAUAUAUUUUAUUGCCUGUGUAGAUUCUCAGUCAUCCAGGUCGUGCACAAAAUGAGCCACACACUAGUUCCACACAAAAUCAUUGUGUUCAAAGAACAAAACUUGAAUUUCACAAAAAAAACCAAAAAAUUCAAUUCAAUGAAAAUUUACUGGAAGCGAAUGUGAAUUUUGCUGUUGCCAUUCCGCCUGGUAAGUGCCACUCUCAUGUCAGAGGAACGGACUUCGUUGUGAAAAUUCACAACAAAAUCUGUUGCUUUAUUUCUACAAUCCUCGAAAAGGGUUCAUAGGUAAGAGUACAUUUUCUGGGCUGUUUUUUUUAUUAUUGGAUGCGCUGUCUGACGCCCCAGAAAUGCUACUCAACUCAAGUGUAUCGUUGAAAUGUUAUAUAAAGAAAGUUUUAAAAAAAACAAACAAAAAAAAUUUCAACUCGAAGCGCAGCGCCGCAAUGGUAAGCGCCCACCUUGACGCAGCUUUGCGUUUUGAACGGCGUGAACAUGGCAUUCAAAAUGAAGUGUAAAAAGGCUUUCACGGAUACACGCAAGCACGCACACACAGUGUGUGUUGAGUCCUCCGUUAAACCCCAGCGACUGGCUCGCCGAACCCAGGUUAAGAACCACUGCUCAAGGGUGUAGAGUAGCAGGAUGAAAGGCACAGUUUUUCAUCCAAGUGGAUAAAACAAUCUUGUGGUGGCACCGGUUUUGAUGCACCCGAAUCAAUGUGGUAGUUAAAGUACAGUCCGCAUCAGACCACCCGAAUAGGAAAGUUGGAAUUCUGAUCGCUAUGGGCCUGAGUGACUUGUUUUGUCACUGAAAGGACACAAGUGCGUCUAAAGGAUGCCCCCUUCAGGCGAGAUAAAGUACUUAUGUCAUCAAGUGUAACCCCUUUCACGCUGCCUUUAAUAGCCAGCUUUUCUCUGGCUAUUACUGCCAUGUAGCUGUAUAGAUGUAUAAAUGGGACCAACAUAGAACAGGUGGUGGGUCUUGAAGGCAAUUGUUUGCCUUCGGUGGUCAUCACAAAGGCAAGACAUCCCACAUGUGUAAGGGUAUCCCACCGUGGUUUGAUGUUUUAAGGAGAGCCGUUGAAGCAUUGAUUCAACACCUUUGAUAUCCAGCUUAAGGUGUGUAAAGUGUGUGUACUAGUACGCUCUUUGUUCUCACUCGUAAGGCAAUUCAGCGCAUUAGUAGAACUAGUGGAACUACCAUGUCUUACGAGUAAUAUUGUUUUCCAACAAAUGGAAAUAUUCGAUAUCCAACUUAAGGCCCAUUUACGAGUAUGCGCUUUGUCCUCACUAGUAGAACAGAUUUGGCAAACAAGUAGGACAACUACAUGAUACGAGUGAAGCAAAACUGUGCACUAGUUGACAACUGCGCUUUUAGUUCUAUUAGUGAUAUUCUAAAAUUCUACCGGUUAACAUCUAGCGCUUCACAUUCAGCAACUCGAGUACAAUUUUGUCUCACCAGUAAUGUAGUUGUAUGUAUUCUAUUCUAUUCUAUGUAUUCUGUUGUCCUAUUAAUGUGCAAUGUCAUACACAGUGCUGGGAAGAUUACAUUUUAAAGUUAUCCUGUUGAAAAUGUAAUAGUAGUGGAACUAUUUCAAUUACUUUCUCAAAGUAAAAUAAUUGCAUUUGAUUGCAUUUUGGUUACUUAAUUUUGAAGGAAUGCAACAACACGUUGGACGUUACCUCUAAAAAUUUAUUCAAACCUUAGCUCAUUAUUUUGGCAUUAACCACAUACUGUAUUUUUUCUUGACACAAAUAUUAAACUGAUAACAUAACAUGAUGAAAUGUAAGUACAUAAAAUGUUCUUGUUGCAUUAUACAUCCAUCCAUUUUCAACACCGCUUAUCUUGGUUAGGGUCACGGGGCGCUGGAGCCUAUCCCAGUUGACUUCGGGCGAAAGGCAGACUACGCCCUGAACUGGUCGCCAGUCAGUCGCAGGGCACAUAUAGACACAGACAACCAUUCACACUCAUAUUUAUACCGUCACUGAGUGGGAACUGAACCCAUGAUGCCCACACCAAAGUCAGGCGAGUGUACCACUACUGCAUUUAUAUAUAUAUAUAUAUAUAUAUAUAUAUAUAUAUAUAUAUAUGUGUGUGUGUGUGUGUGUGUGUGUGUGUGUGUGUGUGUAUGUGUGUACAGCAUGUGGAAAACAUGUUGACCUAAUGACAAAAAUGCACAAUUUAGAGAAUAUCACUUCAUAUGAAACACCACAUCAAUGAAUAUUCCAUAAAAAAGUCCAAAGUUAUAAAGAUGAAACUGUUCAAAAGUCAGUGUUCUUUUGUGUUCCAAAGUGUAACUAUUAGUCAAAACUUUUCAAAAUAUCAGACAAAUUAAUAGAUUGCACCACAAGUUGGUGUUUAGAGGUCAUAUUUGGAAAAGUAUGUCACGUUUGAGACUACACCAGAAUGGCACAUGACCAGAGAGGGACAAUCACAAGUGUCUGUUUUUUUAAGGAGGAAGUGAUAUGAAUACAAAUCUGAGGUUUUGCAGCUAUUUUUCUAGUGUACACACAUGGAUCAAACUGUUGGUACGUCUCUUUAAUUUGAAGAAAACCCACAGUGGUCACAGAAAAACUUCAAUCUGACAAAAGUAAUAAUACAUUUUUAUGAUUUUAUGAUUAUUAACCAAUGAAAAUCAGACAUUGCUUUUGAAUUGUGGUUCAACAGAAUUAUUUUAAAAAACAAACUCAUGAAAAAGGCCUGGACAAUUAUUAUUUUAUUGCACAACCUUUUGAGCCAAUCACUGCACUCAAACGACUUUUGUAACUUUCAAUGAGACUUCUGCACCUCUCAGCAGGUGUUUUGGCCCACUCUUCAUGAGCAAACUACUCCAUUUGUCUCAGGUUUGAAGGGUGCUUUCUCCAGAUGGGUUGUUUCAGCUCCUUCCACAGAUGUUCAGUAGGAUUUAGAUCAGGGCUCAGAGAAGACCACUUCAGAAUAGUCCAAUAUUUUGCUCUUAACCAUUUUUGGGUGUUUUCAGCUGUGUGUUUUGGGUCAUUAUCGCUCCAUCCAUUUUCUACACUGCUUAUCCUCACAAGGGUCGCGGGUAUGCUGGAGCCUAUCCCAGCUAACUGCGGGCAGGAGACGGGGUGCACCCUGAACUGGUUGCCAGCCAAUCGCAGGGCACAUAAACAAACAACCAUUCGCACUCACAUUCGUACUUAUAGGCAAUUUAGAGUCUUCAAUUAACCUAUCAUGCAUGUUUUCUGGGAUUUGGGAGGAAACCGGAGUGCCCGGAGAAAACCUACGCAGGCACGGGGAGAACAUGCAAACUCCACAUCGGCGAGUCUGGAUUUGAACCCGUGUCCUUAGAACUGUGAGGCGGCUGUGCUAACCAGUCGUGCACCGUGCCGCCGGGUCAUUAUCCUGUUUCUAAAAUUAUAAUCAUGGAAAUGUCCAAAAGCAACUGUAAUUUAAUUACAGUGGACCCCUGCAUACUUGCAGUUCGGCACCCGUGGAUUCACUUAUUCGCAGAUUUAAAAAAAAAAAUGUUUUUUUUUUUUUUACUUAAAAAAAAUAUUUUUAUCUUUUCUUUUUUGGGUGGGCAUCAACCGCAAAAAUUCUUACUGGCUGUCAAUUCCCAUUUAUUCAAGAUUAUUGGGGGGGUUUAAAAAGAAAAAAGGGGUUUAUUUUUAAUUUGCAAUUAUAAUGGCUGUCAGUUUUUCUGCAGAUUUUUGCUAUUCGUUGUCCAGCCUGGUCCCUAGCUACCCCCCAAAUUGCGGGGGUCCACAGUCCACAUUUUCUCCCAGUAAUGGAAUGGAUUGCAAUUAGGCAAUUGUUAUACUUAUGUAAUCUCAUUGCAUGUAAUUAGUUACUCCCCAACUCUGGUCAUACAGCGGUGGGAGAUAUAUAGACACAGUCGUUCUGCUAGUGCACCCAAGUCAUUCUACGAAUGCGCUGAACUGUUUUACUUGUGAGGACAAAGACAUUCGUUAGCGAGGCUUCCAAGCUAGCAUCAUCGUAACUUUGCGCAACGCUUUUCUUUCUUAACGUCGCUUAUGCCAUAUGCUAAAGAAAAUAUUUAUAAUGUAUAAUCAGUGGCCUUCACAAGAACAUGUGUUUUUGUAUCCUUUGUUAAGGGAACAUGUUUUUUUAAGUGGCUUUCCGCAAGCAAGAAGUGCACUUAAUAAAACGUCAGAAAUCCCACUUAUGCAUCUCACUGUGAACGCCCUCCUCAGACAACGUGGCAGCUUUGACCAGUAUUGAUCUCUCACUUUCUUAUCUAUCUCACUGUCUGUGUAAAUGCAAGAUGGAGGAGAAACAUGUUGAUGUGUGAUCACUCAGUUAAAACAAAAAAACAAGCCUAAGGGACAUCCUCUUUAGAGACUGGAGCCACUUAAAUCACCUCAGACAAAUUAAUGUAUACAUAAUCUGCUUCACUUUCAUGUAACACACUUGUAUUAGUCAUUAUUAUCAUCGCUGUGUCAAGAAAUAACCUUUUUUCUCUACUAUAUAAUAUUUUUUAAUAAAUAUGAAUGUAUGCAUAUAAUCAUUUGGUGGA